AUGGAAAGCACGCGUCAUGCGGCUGAUAACUGUGAAAGAUAUCAUCUAUACUUUAAUCUUUUAACUAAAAAAGUUAAGGAAUUUGACGUUCUCCCUAAGAACACCUACAAUAUGGACGAGAAGGGAUUCAUGAUUGGGGUCAUUGGAAAGACUAAAAGACAAGCAUCUUACGAUGGCAACAGGGAAUGGGUGACGGUUAUAGGCGCGAUUUGUGCCGACGGAUCUCACCUCCCCCCUGCCGUAAUCUAUCCCGCGGCCAGUGAGAAAGUACAGGCUAACUGGGUGCACGAUAUCAAUCCAGAUACUCACGAUCUACGAUUCUCAGUAUCCCCAAGUGGCUGGACGAACGACGAUCUUGGUGUUGCCUGGCUGCAGCAGGUGUUUGAUCCCGUUACCUCAAAAAAAGCUCGGAGAAAGUUCAGAUUACUCAUUCUUGACGGCCACGGCAGCCACGUGACGAAGGCCUUCAUCGAUUACUGUGAUCUCCAUCGAAUUCUGGUGCUGGUUUACCCCCCGCACGCCACCCAUACGCUGCAACCCCUAGAUGUCUCAUGCUUUAAGCCCCUGAGCCAAUCUUACUCAAAUGAGCUCAUAUAUCAUAACCACAACACCAAGGGAUGGCUCCCCACGGGUAAGGCAGACUUCAUAAGCCUCUUCUGGCCUGCCUGGGUCAACACCUUUACCGAAUCGUUGAUACUCCGAGCCUUUGAAGUCACGGGUAUAUACCCACUUCACCCAGACGUCAUACUUGAUCGCUUUAAGAAGGUGACUCCACCACUACCUGCAACGCCUCCCCAGCAAUCAGAGCCUUGGGCGGCAUCUACCUCACCUAAUUGGCGACGUUUUAGGCAGCAGAUGCACCAGAUGCACGUGGCUCUUGAGCUCAAAGAUCAGGAACUUCAGGGCCUCAAAACAGCACUGGAGAGUAAGAAGAAGCGUCAAAAGAAGAAUAAAGUAUUGCCACUGUCACCGCGGGACCCUAAUGUACAAGGGGGGGCCAUAUUCUGGGAUCCUUCAUCCGUUGCACGUGCCAAGACCCGUAUGAAGGAUAUAGAGAAGCAGGCAAUCGCAGAUGACGCUGCAAAGGCUGAUCGGAAGCAAGUACAGCACAACAACAAGAUCCUGAAAGAGAAGGAUAAGGUUAAGAGGCAAGAAAAGGCAGCGUUGAGGCGUGAGAAGGCAGCUCAAAAGAGGGCGGAGAAGGCUCAGGGGAUCGCCGAACGCGCAGCUGAAAGAGAGCGCGUCAAAACACUCAAGAACGCAGAAAAAGUAUCCCAAUUGCCUAAACAGACUAAUCCCAAGGCCUCAGCAAAGCCACGGUCAAAAUCAACAAAGCGUGGUGGUGGUGCAGCAAAGGGCAGUUCACAGGAGUCUCAUGAGCCCAGCUCGGCACCCCCGGGCUUCAGGACUCGUGGUGGCCGCGUCACAAAGCCCACAAAAAAACUAAAUACGCCAAAAGUCUCGCAGUAG